GAGCAUUUGGAUUUGCUCUUCGAUCUUUCGGUGCCUGUUAAGCUUGAUAAUUUUUUAUAAAUUGAAAUUCGCGUAAUAAACAAAUUCAGAAAAAAAAUUUAUGCUGAAUAAAAAUAGUGCAUUGUUGAAAAUUAUUUAGAAAACAGUUAUUUAAAAAAUUAUUUAAUUGAUUCUUUAAAUUUAUUAAUAUGUAUAGAAAUUUAAUCAGGUUGUUUAGAAAUGAAAAUUUAUUUUCAUCUUGCUUGUCAUGUAGAGUGGUUUCACCUAAAGUAAUUGUAAGCAACGAAAGAAGGUUUUCAACUUCAGAAGAGAUUUAUAGACCAGGUCCAUCUGUUCUGUCUUAUUGGGUAUUCCAACCAGAGGCUCAAGCUGUAUCAAAAAUACCUGUGAUUAUUUUGCAUGGUUUAUUGGGAUCUAAGCAGAAUUGGAGAGGCUUGGGAAAAGCUAUAGCUGUGAAAUCAAAAAGAAAAGUUUAUGCUUUAGAUGCCAGAAAUCAUGGUGACAGUCCUCAUGAAGAUGAUUUUGACUAUCCUCUGAUGGCUGAAGAUGUAAAGUAUUUUAUGAAUUUGCAGUCCAUUCCAGAAGCUGUGAUUAUCGGCCAUAGUAUGGGAGGGAGAACUGCUAUGUAUUUAGCUUUAACAAAUGAAAAUUUAGUCAACAAAUUAGUUGUUGUUGAUGUAUCUCCUUAUCGACUGCCUGUUGAAUCUAAUGAUUCUCUUGGUUUUAUGGCAACAAUGAUUGAGGCUUUAAAAUCUAUACCUAAAAUGAGCAUUGUGCAAGCCAGACAGGAAAUAGAUCUCAUUUUAUCCAAAACAAUACCUGAAGAAGGAGUGCGGCAAUUCCUUCUUACCAAUCUUGCUGAGAAAAAUAAAAUUCUGUGUUGGAAAGCAAAUUUAGAAGCUAUAUUAAAAAAUUUUAAUUCAGGAGUUAUGAAAUUUCCAUCUGUUUCAGGAAGUUUUAUGAAAGAAACAUUGUUUAUUUGUGGUGAAAAAUCUCCUUAUGUCAAGCCUGAAGAACAUCCUCAGAUUAAAACUUUAUUUCCAAAAGCUGAAUUUGCCACAAUACCAGGAGCAGGUCACUGGGUUCAUAGUGAAAAACCAUCAGAGUUUUUAGAAAUUUUGCACAAUUUUUUGUGAGAAUCGAAUACUGUUAUAUUGUUAUCAGAGCUGUAGCUUUGUAAAUAGUUAUUAUUCCAUUGUUGAUAAUUAGCUGUGAUAAAUUAUAUUAUUGCUUAGAAAAUGUGCCUUAAUUUGCAGCAAUAAAUGUUGCAUAUUUUUCCUA